AUGGCUUCGGCCGUUACGACGUCGCAACUACUUUUGUACCUGCCCGCGGCCACGCUCGCAUAUGUGGUAUCGAGCAUCCGGCACCUACGAGGCCCGGCCGCAACAAGUUGGCUGUCUGGCAACAUCCAUCGAUGGCAGGUAGACGAUGCUGCCUGGAUUGACACGUACGGCCCGACAUUUGAGUUCAAAGACUGGUUCUGUGCAGACGCGCUCUACACACUGGACGCCAAGGCUCUGAACCACGUACUUACCCAUUCGAGCAACUAUCCGAAGCCCGGUACGGUCGCGUUCAUGUUAGGCGAAAUUUUUGGUCAUGGGGACCAGCACCGUCAACAGAAUCCUGCAUUCUGGCCUGCACAAAUACGGGAACUGGAAAGCAUAUUUGUGGAGGAAGCGCACAAACUCAAGAACGUCUGGAAGGCCCGGACACUAAUGUCACAAGACGCCGUCACUAUAGAUGUGGCAUCCGACAUGAGCAAGACGGCUCUCGAUAUGAUCGGGCUCGCAGGCUUCAAUUACCCGCUCAACUCGCUUGACGAGAGCGGCAAACCCAACGAGCUCAAUGCUGCCUUCACUUCGGUGUUCGGAGCCCUCACAGGAGGAGGACGCGGCACCGUUUACACCUUGCUGCUCCAUCAUCUGGUACCGCUGUCGCGAUAUUUGCCUGGCGAAUUCUCACGGCUUAGGGACGCUUCUCAGGAAGUGACGCGGCGGGUCGGGAUGCAGCUCAUCCGAGAGAAGAAGGCAGAUGUCCUGAAGGCAAUGUCGAGCGGAAAGGAGUCGAGCGAAGUGCUAGGCAGUCGCGACCUGCUCACCUUGCUGAUCAAGGCGAACAUGAACAGCAACAUCCCAGAGCAUCAAAGGUUGUCGGACGAAGACGUACUUGCCCGUCACGAAACGACGAGCUACGGAAUGACAUGGUGUCUAUUUGCGCUCGCCCAGGUCCCAGAGGUGCAGCAGAAGCUCCGCGAGGAGCUGCUCGCCGUCGAAACGGAGACGCCGUCCAUGGACGAACUCAACGCGCUGCCGUACCUCGACGCGGUAGUGCGCGAGACGCUCCGCGUGCACCCGCCUGUGCGCCACACAGUGCGGGUGGCGCUCAAGGACGACGUGAUUCCGUUCGGCACGCCCUUCUACGACCGCCAUGGGCGGGUACGAGACUGCGUUAGGAUGCGGAAGGGCAUGCAGGUGAUCAUUCCUAUCCAGACUAUCAACACGUCCAAACCUGUCUGGGGAGAAGACGCGUCCGAAUUCAGGCCCGAUAGAUGGGAGAAGCGGCCAGACGCGGCCCAGUCUGUCCCGGGAGUGUGGGGCAACCUCAUGACGUUCUUGGGCGGACCACACGCGUGCAUCGGGUACCGAUUGGCACUCAUGGAGAUGAAGGCGCUGCUUUUCGUCCUCGUGCGAUCCUUCACCUUCGAACUGGCGCUCCCCGCAGAAGAUAUCAUCAAGAAAUCCGCCAUCGUACAGCGGCCGUACAUCCGUGAUGCAUUGGAGAAGGGCAGCCAACUCCCAUUGCGUGUAAAGUUGUACAAGCCAAUCUAGCUGACACCGCGUAACUGAACCUGCUGCUACAUCCUAACUUAUUCUUGUAAUUUACUAGUAGAGCCACGCCCAAACAACUGGUGUAUCCCCUGUGUGCCAGUACAGACGGCAUGUCACGGAAAGCGCCUACCCGCACGAAUCUGAACAGGGCUCCGGUCCUCGUUUGGUUCCUAUAACUCUCUGAACUGGUCCACCUUGUCGGGAUAGCCCAUCUGGAGCCCUACUCUGAGUCAGUGCUGGCAUUGCACAACUUCAGGCCUAAGCCUCGGUAUCCGCACGGAAAUGUUCACGCUCAUUGUUGCAUAGCAAACGAGGUCCGGGGGCGUUAGGCCUCAAA